UUCCCAUCUCGAAACAUGAACACUUGUACCACAUGCAAAACUCCCACGCCUGCUUCCUACAACUCGCCGACGAGAUCGCAGUUUGUGGGAGUAUGUACUUGUAUGGCAGAUGGACAAGAUGAGAUUUCUGCGGAGGUCGAGAAGGUGGAAGUUGGCUCGCUCGAUUGGUGCUCAGAACCUUAUGCUCCCAGCGUUCUCUUUCAUAUCCUCGAGUUAGUUUCUGCUCAAACAAGUUACAUUCAUUACGUCCUAUCCGAAACUCUUCCAGACACGGAGUAUGGAUGCGAAAACUCACCUGUGGGAGUGGACUGCACUCAAAUAGUACAGCCGUGCACGGCUAACGCACAAAGUACUACAUCUGUUCCCAGAUACAACGGCGACCUACGCCACUUCAUCAACGACAUACCAAGUCUUCCGUUGGCAGACUAUCCUCCGAGAGCAAGAACAUUGAGGUUCAGCCUCCCAACUGAAGUACUCUGCGCGGCGGGGGUUGCGCAAUAUCCAUGUAUCACUACUUCGAUGGGGACUAGAUUUGAUAUACAUCCUUCUGCCGGAUCACCCAGUCACACAGACUCCAUAUAUGUUGGGCUUCUCCGCCGAUAUAUAACCGCAGACGCGAUACCCUCGACCGAGAUUAUCCGACUAAACCUGAACUUAUUAAGUAUAUCUUUCGGCGCAGGGGAUGACUCGGAAGGUUCCGGGAAAGCUGUUGCAGAUCCUCUGUGUAAGAUCGAGGCCUGGGCUGGGAGUGACAGGAGUAGGUCACGGGGGCUCGAGGAAGAAGAAAUGAGCGAUGAAGAAAGCGACAGGGAAGAGGGAAUGAGGGCGGGAUUGAACACGAGGUUCGGAGUGUUUCAAAGCAUGUUGGAGAUCGGCGCUUCGUCAGGCUUGUGUACACGUUAG